CUCCUCCCUGCUCCCCCUCCCCUUGGGCUCUGCGCAAACCCGGAAGAACGGGUGGACAGAACCGGUCUUCGAGAGCCGGAGCAGCGGGGACCAGACGGCUUGGAGCCUGGGAUGGCAGAUGACUCCAGGAAGAUGGCAGAUGGCCUCCAGGAGUGGAGCGGCAGUGCCUACCUGUUUGUGGAAUCGUCGAUGGAGAAAGUAAUUUUGCCUAAUCUAUACCAAGAUCCUCGGCAGAAGCUGGCAAUAUUUCGGGUCCUUAAAUUGGCACUGGCAGGAUGCACCGGGAGCCAGGAUGGAGUACAGAUCCUGAAGAUUCACUGCAGCAACCCGCAGCUGAUCGUGCAGAUGAAGUUCUGCGGGCAGGAACCGUGCACCCGCUUCCUCCGGACCUACCGCGAGGGGGCUCUGCGGGCCGCCCUGCAGGAAAGCCUGGCGGCCUUGCUCGGCCACGCCCAGCACAUGGUGCCGCUGCACCUGGAGCUGCGCGUGGGGUCCGAGCGGCUGGACUUGAUGCUGCAGGAGGAGGAGCGCUGUUUGCGCUGCAUCCAGCAGGCCAAGCCGGACCGGCUCCGAGAUGAGGAGAUCGGCGAGCUGGAGGAUGCUUUCCGGAGCCUGACCUGCGAUCCAGGGGGCGGUGGAGCCCCUAAGGCCUCUGCUCCCAAGGCGCCAGCCCACUCGCCCCCUCCGCCCGCGCCCGCACAGACCUUUGUGUUCCAGGGUCAGCAGAUUGCUAACCGUCCGCUGGGCCUGGAGGACCGACAGAAGUUCGCCCGCUCCGUGGGCCGAAAGUGGCGGACGGUAGGCCGGGCGCUGAACUGCCGGGCCCUUCGGGAGCACGACCUGGACUCCUUGGCCUACGAGUACGACCGCGACGGGCUUUACGAGCAGGCCUUCCAGAUGCUGCACCGCUUUGUGCUGGCCGAGGGCCGCCGGGCCACCCUGCAGCGCCUCGUCGAGGCUCUAGACAAGAGUAGUCUCACCAGCCUGGCCGAGGACCUGCUAGGGCUGCCGGCGCACCGGGAGUACCAGGAACAGGAAGAGAAACAGGAUUAGGCGGCCGAGCUGGCCGCCAAAGCACUACCGGCCCCCCCUAACUUGAGCCAGCACGAUCCAGACCUGUUGGACUAAGGGGGGGAUGCCUGAUUUGCCUGGAGCCGGGGCAGGGGCCCAGACCUACUCCAAGUACUGAGAAGACUGUACUCUGAGACGGGUGCAGGAGGGCUGAAGGACUGGGAUCCUGCCCCUCUCCCACCCUUUGAUCAAACACAGAUGGGGCCUUACCCUGAAUUAGGCCCUAAUACGCUGUAUUAGGCCCUCCUGAUGCCCACCCACCCAUAGCUAUCCAUUGUCUCAGCUAGAGGCGAAAGCACUUUGAAGAUGUCCCACGCCAGCUCCUUGUAUCCCAGAGACACAGCUAGAACGUAACCGAAUAUCAUAGAUUAGUAAAGGGCCCUGUGGCUUUGAUGUGACAACUGAGAGUCUGGGUCAAGGUGGGGAGGUGCAUUAGGAGAAGAGAAAGAAGGGGGGGAGGGUUUAAUAAUAUUUAUAAGGCUAUUAAAGCUUCAAAUUUCCCUAA